CUAAAAAUGCCAAAUUUUCAGUUUUCAAGAGGUGCAAAAUGGCCUUGGCGGGACAAAAUACUCGGCGCCCCCCAGCGCAGCCAGAAUAUUAUUGUGAAUCAAAGCAAACCUAUUUUAGUUAUAGUCUCGAUAAAGCCUUUCACUCGCCAGAGUUUCAGGCAAAAUAAUUUUUCACGCGAAAUUGAGUGGGCGGUUUUUACUGAGACAGCCUCUUAAACAUCAUUUUGUAAGAAGCUUAUAAUUAAAGGCUUGUUCUCAAACCAGAUGCUUCUGAUAUACUGAAAGGAUGUUUCUGUCACUGAAAAGCAGCCUGUUGCAAAAAUACAUGCUUCACCCUCUGGAUUCUCAGAAGAGCUAUGUCAAGUUGAUGAAGAGACUAGAUACUCCUAGCGUUUCGGGGCUCACUUCUGACCACGGCGCCUGGGACCAUGAUUCACCAUCUGGCGAGAACAGAUGAACAACUAAAAAAGAAACGCCUGCAUUUUUGGAGUCUCGCAGCUGAAGCAAGCUCCACUAAAAAGUGAAAAGAAACAAAAAUGGGAUCGCUUGCAAGUAUUGCCCUUAAGUCUUGAUAAAAAUAUUCGCGAAUACCUAUCUGAACGUUAUGCUUUGUUAACAGCAAAACGUUUCUAUUUCUUCAGGUACAUUGUUUUCAGCGGAAAAGGCUAUUUUGAGACUGUCAUAGACAGUCAUAGUACUCAUUUACAGCUCUUCACAUAUUUGAUUAUAGUUAUAUACACAUAAUCCCCGCAACAGCUUGUUUUCUCCAUUUUGUUGCAACAGAAGAUUCUCUAAAGGCCCGGAGCUCCGUGGAAACAGAGUGCAACGUUUGUCAGAGGAUGGAAGGCAUGACUGAGGACCAUGAAGGUAUCUUCGUAGACAUCAUGCCUAGAAAUCAUUUACAUUCUUAACCAAGUGAGAGAAGCGCAGGAGGCGCACGAGAGGUAGAAAAAAUAGGGACGGGGAGAGAAAUAAAACGCCGGCCGCUGAGCUGCUAUCCCAGGAAUAUACAACCUGAUACAUGCCCAACAAAUGUCCGCCCCGGGGAGGAAUGGUCACACGUGAAAUUGACUGAACCUUAAGUUUCAAAGAGAUAAUUAUUGUAACUAAAACUCUUUUUUUUCAGAGCCUUCUAUUGCAAUUUACAACAACCAAAGAACAAACUCUUACGACGGCAAACAGCUUGUUUCAGAAACGUCCCUUAGUAGUGACUGUGAAAUAAAAGCUGAUGCUGCAUCAGGAUAUCAAACUAAGAUAUCCACGGAUACAGGCUCUCAGUCUCAAAGUAGGCGUGAGCUUAAAAUGUCAGGAUUCUCUUGUAAUCCAGGUAUGCAAAAGCAUGAGUUGUCUUUCUUGCUAUUGCUCAUCAGUACACUACUAUAUCUAAAGGGGAUAAGUGAUUGUUAGAUUAUUCAAAGGUACUUUUUCCUACAGGACUUGUUACCGUUUACGCUCGUAAUAUAGAAGUGUAUUAUCUCCGAUGAUAGUAAAACUUAUAGUGCCGAUCGAUCAGUAGUCGCUUGAUAGUCGCCAUUUUCUUCAGCGGUUAUAAAAAAAGAUUUUGAAUAAAUGAUCAAUAAAUAAAUUUAUAAAUAUACAAAAAAUUAAAAUAUAUCAAACACUAAAAUUAUAAAAAUUACUUUGGUUACUUUAACUGAAACUGAAUAAAACCUACUAAAAACGAGUAAUGAAAUUGCAUCUUAUUACAUACAUUGUAAGGGCUUUCUGGAAUGAAAUGUCUUGAGUGCCUUCUUAAAAAUGACAACUGAGGGGCUUCUCCAUAUCGCGAAAAAAAAAACAAAUGCCAAAGUUUGGGAGCAGCAACAGCAAAAGAGCGAUCUGCUAAUGUGGUUUAAGUCCUGUCUCCAUUAUCCAAUUUAAAAUAUCUUAGUGACAAAUAUUUUCAACAAUAUGUACGAACAGGUUUUGUAAUUUUCCAAAUUGUAUCUUUCAUCGAAUUGCUAUGAACGUUAAUAUUCUAUUGAAAUUCAAGUAUGCAGCUAAUACAUAUGUAUUGUGAAUCUGUGAUAACGUCCUAACCAAGUUGCCUUGUUGGGGGUCUUUGUGAAUGAGGUUUUUAAACCUCUUUGGCUAUAGGUGAGGCGCCUGAGUAGACAUUCAAUAAUGAUGAGUACCUUGACGAGAGCAGUCUUUUAAAUUCAGGUAUUUUAAGUGAGGAGAGCGGAAUCUUUUUUAAAGAAGCAUAUGUCCUCCAAGAUAGCUAGUCGUGAAGGUGCAUCUUCCCUGAGGAAAGGACCUGUCACGUAACAGUAAAAAUUAUAUUAAAACGUAAAUUUGUGCAAGUAGGUAAAUAAAUAAGUAAAUAUAUAAGUGUUAAGUUAUUGUGCAUACUGAAUGUUUUGCUAUAGUUUUAACAACGUGUAACUUUCCUCUUAUUGAUUUUCAGACUCUGUUGUUAUUACUGCCUUGAUCGAAGUUCUAAUUUCUUUGAAUACCCAAGAUUUAACUGUUGCACAACAAAGAAUAUUAAAAGAGGAAUUAGAACGGUCGGUUCAUAAGUAUCGAAGACUCCAAGAUAUUUCGUCAUUGCCAGUUGAUAGUAGUGUAGCCCGCCUUACUGAGUUUCUCAAAAAGGCUUUUGAAGUGGCCGUAAUGAUGGUAAAACCAGGGUCUUUGAUAAUAACUGUACAGUGCCUCACUCUGGAGAGUCUUGAAAGUCUGUGGAAUGGUUACUGUUCUGGUUACCUUAAUGACAUCGUUGAAAGGUUCCUGGUGACUGAUGAAAUCAAGAGAAAGCUCGGGAUGGACAAUGUCAGGUUGAAGACAACUAUAGAAGAAGAAAAGUACUUGAUUUGUAAGAAAGCUUUCAUAGAAAACUCAGGUGAGUGGGGCAGUCUCAGUAGACUAGCUUUUUUUGGGAACAUGUAUUUUGGCUUAAUAAGUUUUAUGCUUCGAGGGCCGUGUAGUUUUGCCUGUCAUCAAGCUGAACUUGGCCUUCUAGUAUGUUAUCAUUUUUGCUCAUUAUGA